AUGGCCCGCAUCAUUGACCUGGUGCCCUGGGAGGACGGCUCCACCCACGUGUACGCGUCCCCAGCCAUCCUGCUCCCGAUCGAGAGGCGGCGAAACCAGCUGGCCGGCGUGAAGCAGCAACUCUACCACCCGGCCCUGCCCAGCCUGCGCCGCAUGGACAUGGACUCCGUCACCGCCUGCCUCCCCGACGAGCACUGCCAGUCCACCACCUACUGUGGCAAAGAUGACUUUGACAAUGCCUCCUUCACGCUCCUCGGAGUCCCCAACAAACCCCUGCAGAGCCUAGACAUCACGGCGACCGGUCGGCGGCUCCGCGACAGGUGCCGCGAGGGAAAGCUGGUGCCCAUCGUGCCUGGCAUCAACCGGGUCGACUGGCCCUGCUUCACGCGCGCCAUCGAGGACUGGUCCCACUUCGUAUCCUCGGCCGGCGAGUUCAAGCUGCCCUGCUCGAGCAAGAGGGUCGAGAGUUUCAGUGGCUACGCGGUGCGGUACUUGAAGCCGGAGGUGACCCAGAACUGGCGGUACUGCCUCAACCAGAACCCCAGCCUGGACCGCUACGGACAGAAGCCCCUGCCUUUCGACUCCCUGAACGCUUUCCGACGCUUCGGCUCACACUACAGUCGUGUCAACUACCUGACCCCCUGGCGUUAAUCUCUGAAAAGCAGGCCGACCCCCCCCGGCUGCCAGACUGUGCCGCCUCAGGUCCCCAGCAGGACAGAGAGUGUACAGUGGCACUACCCCUCUCCCUCAGA